AUGCCUACAAUAGCACUAUGCCAUACUUGUGUUCCUGAAAUAGAUGAAGAAACAAAAGAUGUGUUCUAUCAAGCCUCAUCACCUGAUGAAUUUGCUUUAGUCACCGCUGCAAAAGAAUUAGGUUAUGUAGUGAUAGACCGUACAAUGUCAUCAGUUUCAUUAAGGAUAAACCAUGGUGACCCAAAUGCAGUAACUGAACCAUCACCAUUUAAUGGUGAUGGUAACAAUAAUAAUACAGACAUGGAAAAUUCUUUUGAUGAAAAUAUAAGAUCAACAUUGGGCUUGUUAGCCAUUUUACAACAUCAACCAAACACAGCUUUUGGUAAAAAGGCAAAAUUUUUUUUAUUAGCAAUAGCACUAUGCCAUACUUGUGUUCCUGAAAUAGAUGAAGAAACAAAAGAUGUGUUCUAUCAAGCCUCAUCACCUCAUGAAUUUGCUUUAGUAUCCGCUGCCAAAGCAUUAGGUUAUGUAGUGAUAGACCGUACAAUGUCAUCAGUUUCAUUAAGGAUAAACCAUGGUGACCCAAAUGGGUUAGGAGAAGCUCUUCUUAGACAACUUCAAGGAUUUAGUUUGGAAGAAUUACGUGAAAGAUUGGUAAAUAGUAUUAUUGUGUGCGAUGAAAUAUAUCCAGAACUUGCACCAGAAUUUGUAGAUAAUUUUCGAACAUUCAUCAUACAAGACGAGCCUUAUUUUGAAUCUUGGUUAUGUCGUUCUUCCAUCUAUAUAAAAGAUAAUGAGACAGGAAACCUUGAAGCCAUUAUUAGGCGUAGCUCAGGAGCAUUUUACACCUGGAUGUGUAAGACAUAUGACUCUUCAGAAGAAAAAUGGUCCUUCUUACUAAGAAGACUUUUUUCUGUAGAUGGACUUUGUCUAAAAAAGGCAUUAUCUUUAGGUUAUUUGCUCCUUGAAGAAUCUCCAACUAAUGAAGCUCCAGAGAUUGAUUGUAGUAGUGAUAUUAAAUGGAUAUAUAUUAUAGAUUUAGAUCAUGAAAGGUUCUUGGUGAAAAAUAAACAAGAUGUUGUAUGGGAAUUCGAACUUCAAAAAUUAUUGAUGGAUAUUAGUGAUCCAGAAAAGUCAUUGGUGAAGAAGUUGAUUUAA